UGCCCGACGGUUACAAACUUUCUUGGAUUAUAUUCCAUAAUUGUUAUCAAUGUUUAGUUAUGAAUUUCCAAAGUAAAGCAAACAAGUUUGUGUGUCCGAACGAUAGGCAAUUGUCUUUGAGAGCCAAACUUAGAACCGGUUGGAGUGCUGCACGGAGUGAACCCCCGUUGACAGCGGCUGAGCGGGAGGCCAUCGCCGAUGUCGUCAGGAGAGCUGAGCAAGUGGACGAGGUGGAGGCGAAGAGGAUCGGCAGACUAGUUGCUAGACUUGAAGGAAUACGUAGGUCAGCACAAGGUCCUGCUCCAAGAAGUUGUGUACUCUGCGGUGAAUCGCCAAGACUGUUGUCUCCACUGAGAACCUGCUUCAUGUGUAGAAACCUGGCUUGUUCCAAAUGUAUCAUUGACACUUCACCUUUUAAUAAAUCUUCGUAUUAUUCUAGAGAACAGUACAUGUGUAAUCUAUGUACUGAAACUCGUGAAAUGUGGAAGAAGUCAGGCGCUUGGUUCUUCAAGACUCUACCCAAGUAUGUUCUACCAGAGCAGAAAACAAAAUACAGGGAUUCUGAAUUCUCAAGAUCGCUUCAGGAAGCUGGUAAUAGCAGUAACGAUGGUAAAACUGAUUCGGAGCCUAGUUCGCCCCUGAGUCUACACGCGCCAACGUUCUCCAGACAGCCGAGCAACACGGACAGCAGGAAGUCACUCAGCAUUACCCAACUGGACAGUCAUUACGAUUGGAGCGAAACUGAAAUACUUACCCACGGCGUCAGCGGACUGAGUCUCAACAGAACCGACCGCGACAGUUCAAACACGCGCUCAGGCGGCCUCAAACGAACAGGCAGUAAAGGCAGUGCUUACAGUCUGCGCAGUACUCGUAAAGAGACAAAGCCCACUCAACCAGACAGACAGCCCGUCAUACCAGAUGCCGGCUUGGGUACGUUAGAAGUGCGGCUUGCCUAUGACAACGGUACAUCGUCGCUUGCUGUGACAGUUUUGCGGGCGAGAGCCCUCAUCGGAAUGGAUAUGACAGGCCUGUCCGAUCCGUUUUGCAGAUUGGAGAUUUUGCCGAGAGAAGGUACAUAUUCAAAUAGGCUCCGAACAAAAACAGUGCACAAAACGAAGAAUCCUGAAUUCAAUGAGACUCUUCACUUCUUUGGCCUCACAGAAUCUGAUUUGAGUUGCAAAUCAUUGGAAAUUGUUGUAUUCGAUGAUGACAGAUACGGUUGUGACAAAAUGGGUUCAGCUGUCGUUGCUCUUCGAGAAUGUUCCAAAGCACCAGCUCAGUUACGACUAGCGCUAUCCGGGGCAAACAAUUCCGAACCAGUCGGGCCUAGACUACUGCUGGCGCUUUGCUACAACACCAGGAGACGAGGACUUGCCGUCACGGUGUGCAGGGCCGCGGAACUUCCGCCACAGGACACCAACGGAUAUUCCGAUCCGUUUGUUAAACUUCACUUAGAUCCAGAUCCAUGCCACAAGAAACACAAGACCUCCAUAAAAUGGCGCAACUUGAAUCCUGUUUGGAACGAGGGUUUCUUUUUCGAGACGCGGUUGACUGAUCUUUCCCGCCAAAGUUUGUCAUUGACAGUCUGGGACAAAGACUAUGGCAAGCCGAACGACUUUCUUGGCAGUCUUGUUUUGGGCACUAGCAGUAAAGGAAGAAGGUUGAAACACUGGAUGGAUUGCAUUAAGUUCCCCGAUCACCGGCAUGAGCAAUGGCAUUCACUAACAGAUACUCAGCAUAUUUAGUUUAUCCUACCUAUAUGAAAUAGUUAAUAUUCGAUAUUUGUGUUUUUCAAUAGAAAUCUAGUUACUCGAUAAAAAUGAUACACAUUUUGUAUUUAAUUUUAAUUGUGAUUAUGAGGAAAAGAUAAGCUCAACGCAGAAAGCGAGAGCUAAUUAACACUUUUAUCUAUACUUAUGCUCGGUUGUUAAUAAACACGAAGUAUAGUUAUUCCAAGUUUAAAAUUUUGUCACAACAGAAUCACAUGACAGGGAGAAGUAAUUCACUUUACUUUGCGUUUAUAAGUAACACAGUUCGAGACUAUCAUAGAUAGAAGAAAAUUAACAUAAAUGAGUAUAACGUGCCAAUUUAGUAAGUUUAUAUAUUACUUAUAAGAACCUUAUUAUGAUAGUUUGUAUCAAACAAUGUACGUUGCGUGUGUAAUUAUUGUUGUAAAAAAUUAAACAGUUCUACUGUUUUAUAUAUAUUCGGAAUUUCAUAACA